AUGCGGUUCUCCACUAUCCUCUCUGUUCUCGCCUUUACUUCGUAUGCUGCUGCGCAGCACGACGACCUCGAUGCCCGUGACAUUGACCACAGCAUCGAGCUCACGGCCCGGGCUGCUCAUGCCAGGGCUUACGCUGAUGCCUACGAUGAAGCUCUCGCGCACUACAGGCGCACUAUCCCUUCUCGUGUCUUUGCCCGCAACACCCUGCAAUGUCAAGGCCAGCCCGGUCUCUGUCAGAAGGGCCGCUGCAUGGUCAAUAUCAAGGCCCAGGGCAAAAAGAUGGACUGCGGCGCCUGCAGGGGAGAAAUGGCCCAAUGUAGCGGAUCGGGCCCAAAGGACCCUCAGAUCGCUGCUAUGGAGGCUCAGGCUGGUGGUUUCAAGGUGGGCUCUAAGAAGUCCUCUCCCAAGAAGAGCAAAUAA